AUGGUGGGCAUCUUGCUGUGCGUGUGGGUCCGCGCCGACCUCCUCCUAAGCGUCGCCGGCGUCCGGGCGUCGUGCGUCGGCAGGGGCGUCAUGGGCUACAUGGGCAAUAAAGGCUCCGUGUCCGUCAGCCUCUCGCUGCGCGGCGGUGCGUCGCUGUGCUUCGUGUGCACUCACCUCGCGUACGGCGACAGGGACGGCGACGGCGCGCGGCGCAACGGCGACGUGGCCGAGAUCCUGAGGCGCACGAGGUUCGCGCGGCGGCACUCGCUGUUCAGAGCGGCGACGCCGCAUCGGCGACAGGAGAAGCCGGUCCCGAAGUCAGUCAUCUCGUGGGACGCGUCCCCGCCGCCGAGCGGCGCGGCGAGCCCGCACAGCAGCAUCGCGCCGAGCUGCACCGUCACCAGCCAGAGCGCCAAGACCAGCGUCAGCAGCAGCGUGGCCAGCGACGGCAGCGGCUGGAGCAACGGCACUGGCUCCGGCGCCGGCAGCAGCUCGGGGAAGCCGCACAAGGGCGGCGACCCCAGGUGGAAGGCCAUCCUCGUGGCGCGCGUGCGUCGGGCCAGGGGCAGCUUCGGGCUGCUGCGGAGACUCGGGUGCGGCGACAUCGGGACAGCGGCAACGGCGGUGUGGCGAGGCCCUGCUGGUUCCAAUGAAGGUGAUGGACAAGGCGGCGCUGGAGAGCCGGCGGAAGCUGAGUCGCGCGCAGACGAAGCGGGAGAUCCUCCAGCUGCACCCGAGCCAUGCAUUAGCAUCGGCGACUUGUGUGCCGUCGUCGCGCCAUGCGCGUCUUGGCAGAGGUAG